ACAGCAAUAAAGCUGCAUUAAGUAGAUAAGAAUAACUCGAUUAGCGAUGGUAAGAGCCGCUCGAUGGGUUAAGUGCGAUCCACGUCGUUUCGAAGAUUUAUUGGUGUCUUGCCAUCGUUUCGGUUCACGUGCAUACGGUUGAGCAAAUAUUAACAUUAUGGUACCUUUCCUAUUGCUCUGUUCAAUUUUGGUGCUGUCCACCACGAACUCGGUAGCGGGUGCUAAGGCAAAUCUAACAAAGAUAACAUGGGCCCAUGCAGUGAAUGAUGCCGAAUUUCUUACCCGCGUUCUGGCGAGUGACACUCAGUUUAUCGAAGCGGACAUUUCGCUCGGCUAUCUGAAAGACGAUGUGAACAAAGAAAAUGAAAUCCCCAUUAUGGCUCAUCCACCAGCGACAGAGUCAGACAUCUCGCUCGAAACGUUCCUUACCCGUAUUCUAGAGUACAACCGGGAGGUCGCUAAAGACGCAUCAAAAGUAAAAGGCGUUAAGUUGGAUUUUAAAUCCAUUGGAGCAUUUGAAGGAUCCAUCAACAUUAUCCGUAAUAGCUACGACAUGAACACGUUUGACACGUGGAUCAAUGCGGACAUUUUGACUGGACCAGUUGAUAAUACGGGUACGAUUCCGGUGGAUGCUACACGUUUCUUUACCGCUGCUAGACGACUAGGGAAAGCUACUCUUUCAAUCGGGUGGACUACUCGUUGGGGUGCGGACUUUACGGAGGGCUCGUACACGGAAGCGCAGGUCGAUGCGAUGGUCAAUGUGAUUCGGGCGAACGGUAUCGAUCAGGCUGGCAAUCCCAUUACAUUCCCGGUCAGGGCAGGAAUUGUCGCAAACAGCCUGACCAACAUGAUUCGAUUGUAUUGUGGCUUGAAGGACACGAACGAUGUUACCUUCACUGUAUGGUCGAGUGCUGACGAUGCUGUGCACGUUGAGAAGCUGCGGGAAUUUAUUUUCACCUUGGGACUUGACCGUACGUACGUCGAUGUGCCGGACGAUUUGCACCGCGAGCUUCAUCUAGACGAUAAUGCUUUCAGCAACACGUGCAAAAAAACGCUCCAGGCUAGAUGCUUCGAGUAGUUGGUUUUUUUUG